UUAAGGAUACGGAUGAAGAUGGUAAAUGUUUCGGAGAUGGAAGUUACACAUUAUAUUUAAAACUUCGUGAUAGAAAUUGCUAUCUUAAUAGGCCACAUAUGAAAAGGUCUUUAAAUCGAAGUUUAAAUAUACCGUUGAAAAAACAACGAAAAAUUUUAUCUGCCAAAGCUGGGUGCAGUAAUUGGCAGCCUGACAAUUAUGUUGAAUCAGAAACAGAUAAUACAAUAGAAGCCAAAACUGAAUUUCUACGACAAAUAGUCCUGCAAGAUGCUCUAGAAAACGAUCCUGAUACUACAAAAAAAAUUUAUUCUUACCUUCAAGUAACGUACCCUGCACAAAGAUUAUUUCUCAAUAAUGUCCACAAACCACCUACGAUUCAAGACAUUAAAAAUUCAUGGCCAAUACUUUUACGAAAAAAGUAUAUGUUCUGGCAUUACCAUGAGCUAAUGGGACACUCUAUAAAUAUAUUGAAAGAACAAAUGUUAAAGAAGCAGGAAAAAAUACUCAUCUACGGACGUCUUAAAAAGUAUAAUGAAAUUAUUGAUUCAACUGAACUAAAAGAACUUCUAUUAAUGAAAAUAGUUAUGCAACACUUUAAAGAAGACUUCCACACAUUAUUUAAAAUAUAUCCUGAAGGAACAACUAUGAGAGAAAUUGAAGCACCUAUUGCUUCUCCAUGUAUUGUAAUCAUAGAUGAUUUGGAACGCUGCAUGUUUUAUUUAUUUAUAGAAACAAUUCAGAUUGAAAGAACAUAUUGUUUUUAUGAAGCUCUAGAAAUGUUAAUGUCUGCCUAUUAUGUUUUCAACAUGGAAUAUCCUACAAACUGUGCAUGUACUUUGGAAUUUAUCCAGAAAUAUUUUUUAAAUAUUCAUCCUACUUCUGGUACAAAAUCACGUAAGAUCGCAACUAAAUACAAAGUCCUCUCACUAUUUAACAAAUUAAGAGACGUUGAAGAGAGAGAUGUAGAUAAAGAAAAUAUUUCAUCAAAUUCGUAAGUGUGGUAACUAAUAUUUGUCUUCUAUUGUAUCGUCUUUUUUCUGAUUCAACAUAAAUUUUGAUAUAGUUCUUUAAAAAUCUGAAAACAUUACAAUAUCUUAAAAACGUUCAACUAUAGCGAUAAGUA